AUGACAAGUACUAGUAUGACGGACAUGCUGUUGCCUGUGGUGGAAGCUGUGCCUUUCUUUAGAAGAGCCAAAGUUCAUGUCUUUGGGGUUACCACAACCACAGCUACUAAACCUACUAAGACUAAGACUGCUGUUAAGACUGCUACCAGAGUCUCUGGAGGUCAACAAGUUGAAGAAAUUGAAGAUCAAGUGGAGAUUGAAGAACCUCCUCAAAAGAAGCAAAAACUGCAACCUGACCAAGCUACUAAUAAGCCUCAGUAUGACUUCCCACUGUUCCCAAACCAAGCCAAUUUUGAAAAAGACCCCAAUGCCCCCAUCCCCUUCAGAUACCUAGAUGCUCACCAGAAGGAAGGUCCAGCCAGAAAAGCCACUCUAGAGUCUCUCCAAUGGCGAAAGCAGUUCCAAAUUGACACCAUCUUGUCAAGACCCAACCCCAACUACGAUGUCACCAAAGCCAUUCUGCCGCAUUACUUCAUUGGAAGAUCCACAACCACCAAUCACGUCGUAUUCAUUCAACGACCAGGACUGGCUAACAUGGAAUUGGCUAAACACAACAAUGUACAAUCACAAGACAUGUCGCUACAAUACGCAUAUGUAUUUGAAUACUGUUGGAAUAUUAUGCAUCCUCAUGAGACUGCUGCUACAGAUCCAGAUGCUCUCAUGAUUGGUAUUCUAGACAUGCAAGGGCUUCAUCUAGGGCUACUCAGAAAAGGAGACCUCAUUAGUUUUGUAAAGGAGUUUGUGGGAAUGAUUGAUGCACACUAUCCCACGCGAGGUUUGAAGACAUACAUGAUCAAUGCUCCUCAAUGGUUCAACAUGGUGUGGAAACUCGUAUCGCCAAUCAUGAGAGAAUCCACAAAGGAAAAGAUUGUACUCUAUUCGGCAGGAGACGAUCAAGAUGAAGCACUUCUUGAAGCGUUAGGACCGGAUAUGGCUGCCACUGUCAUGCAGGCGUUGCGGAUUCCCGACAAGAAGGAACUCAAAAACAAAAACAAGUACGAUCUCUCCCUUACGUCCGAUAUUCUACUCGAAACCGAAAUGGAACAAGAGAUUCGGAGCUUUGUCAUGAAACGACUAGAACAGGACGGAAUCGAAAUGAAACCCGUGCUGUCGUUAGCCGAUCCUAAACCAACCGAAUCAUCAUAG